AUGUUUAGAGCUAUGUGCCCCGCCCAGAAAAACCAAGUUGCCGGGGACUGCAAAAAUUGUGUUAAGCUAGAUAAAGAACAAGAAGCAAUGUUUCGCGCACAUUCUGAUGCUUGUUUAGCGGAAGUUGGUGAAGGGAGGGCGGAUCUAAUAGUCGAUCUGAAAGGCAUGAAAGGCGGGUCCGCUGCUCGCAGUUAUAUUUACUGCGUGCUCCAACGUUGCAAGAUGGUCGGCAAAGAUGGGAAGAUGUUGAAGGCUGCUGUAAUAAGCAAACUUAUGCUGGGACGGAACUCAGCUAAGAAAGUCACCAAGGAGUUGGAGAGCUGUGUGGAGAAGACUGACGGCGAUAGACCAGAAGAUCAUGCGUGGACUUUGUUCCGUUGUAGCUGGAACCAAAAAGGGAUACCUGGCGACUUCAUGCCGCAUCUGAUACCAGCUGAUGUCUAGUUUAAAAAUGUGCCCAUGUAUUGCUGUACAUUUUAUGUUACCACUUACUUUCGUUACCACUAUCAAUAAUAAAACGUUUUAACAUGUUGAAAUUCUUUGUAGUAAAAAUAAAUCUUUGUAACAA